UUUUUGAGAGAUGAUCACGGAGCUGCUGUGCACCGCCGUGGCUGUGGGUCUCUACGCGAACACGCUGGACGCGGAUUUCUGCUACGAUGACAGCCGAGCCAUCAAGACCAACCAGGACCUCCUCCCUGAGACUCCGUGGACCAACAUCCUGUACGACGACUUCUGGGGCACCCUGCUCACCCACAGCGGCAGCCACAAGUCCUUCCGUCCACUCUGCACCCUCUCCUUCCGCCUCAACUACACCCUGCACGCCCUGCGGCCCUGGGGCUACCACCUGCUCAACGUGCUGCUGCACGGCCUGGUCACCGCCCUGGUCACCGCCUUCAGCCGCCCGCUGCUGGGAGGGGGAUUGUGGAGCCUGUUGGCGGGCCUCCUUUUUGCUUCCCAUCCGGUGCACACUGAAGCAGUGGCCGGCGUGGUGGGGAGGGCGGACGUCGGGGCUGCUUUGUUUUUCUUGCUGUCUCUCCUCUGCUACGUGAGACACUGCGGGCUCCGUAGGGACUCAUACUUCCAGGUCAGGAGGUGCGGCGGUGACGGUGAUGGCGGCUCGGUCACCAGGUGCUGGGCCUGGAUGCUGGGCAGCCUGUGGUGCGCGGCGGCCAGCAUGCUGUGGAAGGAGCAGGGCGUGACGGUGCUGGCCGUUUCGGCCGUGUACGACCUCUUCGUGUUCCAGAGACUCCGGUUUCGCCAGGCGCUGCCUUCUCUCUUUCAGAAAAAGAACAUCAGCGUUUUGCUGAGUCUCGGCUUGCUGGCUUCCUGGGGAGUCAUCCUGCUGUCAGCUCGUCUCUACUGGAUGGGCAACAAGCCUCCCAACUUCUCCAACUCCGACAACCCCGCCGCUGACUCGCCACAUUUCCUCACUCGAACGCUGACGUUCCUCCACCUGCCCGCCGCCAACGCCUGGCUCCUGCUCUGCCCCGACAAGCUCAGUUUCGAUUGGUCCAUGGACGCCGUGCCCCUGGUCAGGUCCUUGGCCGACUGGAGGAACCUUCACACUGUUGCCUUUUACGGGGGAAUUUUCCUUCUGGCUUUGUUCGGCCUUCGUUGUCCCGCCUCCAAAGCCAAGGACGCCAAUGGGAAAGCCCAUGUCACUAAUGGGAAGUCAAUCACUAAUGGGAAUGGCUACCAUGCCCUUGACACAAACCAUAACACAGAGCAGGGGCUGCCAAAGACUACCCUGAACGGGUCGGCUGUACCCCACCACUGUCCUCCUCGGACAUCCCUGCCUCCUACAGAAAGCCUAGUUCUGUUUUCAUUAGGCAUCCUGUCAUUGCCUUUCCUCCCAGCCACCAACCUGUUCUUUUACGUAGGGUUUGUAAUCGCAGAGAGGGUACUGUACAUCCCCAGUAUCGGCUUUUGUUUACUGGUUGCCGCCGGUGCGAGAACCUUGUACGUCCGACUGAGGACUAGAGGCUGCAAGGCCUUAGUGUUGUGUCUCUGUAUGGGACUAGUGCUGCUGAAUGGACUCAGAACUGUUCAAAGAAACAAAGACUGGAGCAAUGAGGAAAAUCUCUACAAGUCUGGGAUUAAUGUGAAUCCUGCUAAAGCCUGGGGAAACUUGGGGAACGUGCUGAAGAACCAGGGCAAGAUGGCGGAGGCUGAGCAGGCGUACAGGAACGCUCUGCACUACCGAGGGAACAUGGCUGACAUGCUAUAUAACCUGGGUUUGCUGCUGCAGGAGAAUGAACGUUUCUCCGAAGCGCUGCAUUAUUACAAACUGGCCAUCGGGAGUCGGCCAACACUGGCAUCGGCCUACUUGAACACAGGAAUAAUCCUGAUGAACCAGGGCAACCUGGAGGAGGCCAAACGCACCUUCCUCACUUGCGCCGACAUUCCCGAUGAGAACUUGAAGGACCCUCACGCCCACAAGAGCUCCGUCACCAGCUGCCUGUACAACCUGGGAAAGCUGCUCCACGAACAGGGCCAGCAGGAGGAGGCUCUGGCUAUUUAUAAGGAAGCAGUGCAGAAAAUGCCCAGACAGUUUGCACCACACAGCCUUUUCAACAUGAUGGGAGAGGCCUACAUGAGGCUGAACAGGCUGGAGGAAGCGGGCCACUGGUACAGAGAGUCCCUCAGGGCCAAGCCUGACCACAUCCCCGCCCACCUCACUUACGGCAAACUGCUGUCCAUCAUCGGGCAAAAGACAGAAGCGGAGAAGUACUAUCUGAGAGCGAUUCAGCUCGACCCGACGAAAGGAAACUGCUACAUGCACUAUGGCCAGUUUCUGUUGGAGCAGUCUCGUCUUGGCGAGGCUGCAGAGAUGGCAGUAAGAGCUGCGGAGCUGGACAACUCUGAGUUUGAUGUGGUCUUCAGCGCUGCACACAUGCUCAGACAGGCCAAUCUGAACGAGGCAGCAGAAGCGCAGUACGAGCGGGCAGCCAGCCUCAGACCAGAUUACCCGGCUGCUCUGAUGAACCUCGGUGCCAUCCUCCACCUGAACGGGAAGCUCCCAGAAGCGGAGGCCAACUACCUGCGGGCGCUGCAGCUCAAACCCGACGACGCCAUCACGCAGUCCAACCUGCGCAAGCUGUGGAACAUCAUGGAGAGGCAGGGACUCAGGACUAAGCAUCAGAAAGGCGACCUUUGAUUUGAAAGAGUUGCUGCGCCGUUCCCUUCGCUGACGGCAUCGCGUCCUUCCGGGAAUGAAGCUGGGCGUGACGGACCGAAGGCUGGAAUCUCUCUGGAGAGACAGUAGAGACGAUAUCUUUGGUGAUCUGGCCUGUGAUGUUUGUAAGUUUGAGGCUUGGCAUGUUUGGGAUUCAGCGUCGUCGCACCAGAGCUGGAUGGUGACUCAAACCACGACAACUAAUGUCUUCUCUCUUUUUUUAUCAAGUUUUAUAAUGCUCUGUUAAAUGAUACAAUGAAAAAGCAAAUAACGGCAAAGUCCAAAAAAAAAAAAAGAAUCUUCCUGGUCUCAUAUGUGAGCUGAUUUAUUAUUUCACUCUAAUUCAAACCAGGGUGUGUUUAAAGCCUCUAAUUUGAAUGAUGAUGUAGCAAAUUUAAACAAUAAUUUCUGCAAAAAAAAAAAAAAGUGUUUUGAAGUGUCAGCACUGAUGAGUUAAUGACUAUCAUGUUGCGUUUCAUUAUGCCAGCUUGUUUGACUUCAACAGAAACCACAUCCUUAAUUUUACACAUCAAAGUGUGUUUACAGGAGGAGACCUACUGCACAUGUGAAGAAGUUGUAGAAAAGCCUUUUUGUGGCUCCAGAGGGAGCGAGUGAGUCAGCGUUGGUCGGAGGUGAAGACUACAGAUUCAACAAAAGAAAAUAAUUCUGGAGGUGUGAGGUUAGAAAGAAGCGAGGUUACCAGACCUCUGCAACGUCUCUGCUUCAGGUUAGCAGAUCGAGGCUACGGUUGUCGUGAAUAUCACAACUCUUAACCCUCUGAACCCCAAGCAGUGUCUGGGUGGUUUUCGCUCCGGUCAUGUUUUUAGUCACAUGUCAUUUUUCACAGCAAGAGAAAGUCCUGCACCGCUAUGGAAACAGUACAACCAUGGACUAGAAGAAGA